AUGAGCGAGCUGGGCGCGCAGAAGGCCGGCGACGGCUCCAUCUCCCGCCUGCUCACCGUGGUGGAGAGCGAGCUGCAGGCCGGCAGGGAGAAAGGCGACCCCACGGAAAAGCAGCUUCAGAUCAUCCUGGAGGACGCCCCUCUCUGGCAGAGGUUCAAGGAGGUCACCAAUGAGAUGAUCGUGACCAAGAACGGCAGACGGAUGUUCCCCGUCCUGAAGGUCAGCGUCACGGGGCUGGACCCCAGUGCCAUGUACUCCCUGCUGCUGGACUUCGUCCCCACCGACGGCCACCGCUGGAAGUACGUCAACGGGGAGUGGGUGCCCGCGGGCAAGCCCGAGGCCCCCGGCCACAGCUGCGUCUACAUCCACCCGGACUCGCCCAACUUCGGCGCGCACUGGAUGAAGGCGCCCAUCUCCUUCAGCAAAGUCAAGCUCACCAACAAGCUCAACGGAGGCGGGCAGAUAAUGCUGAACUCGCUGCACAAGUACGAGCCGCAGGUGCACAUAGUGCGCGUGGGCGGCGCGCACCGCAUGGUCAUGAACUGCUCCUUCCCGGAAACCCAGUUCAUUGCGGUGACAGCCUAUCAGAACGAGGAGAUAACAGCUCUCAAAAUCAAGUACAACCCCUUUGCCAAGGCCUUCCUGGACGCCAAGGAAAGGAACCACCUGAAGGACGUUCCGGAAGCUGUCUCCGAGAGCCAGCACUCGGCCUGUUCCCGCUGGGGAGGCUGGAUCUUCUCCAAUCCGGACGGCGCGUGCCCCGCGGGAAAUGCCAGUUACCAGUACGCGGCCCCUUUGCCUCUGUCCGCGCCCCACACCCACCGAGGCUGUGAGCGCCACCCUGGCCUCCGGGGACACCGGCAGACCCCCUACCCUUCUGCAUACGUGCACAGAAACCACGCUGCCUCAGUGAAUCUGAUAGAGAGCCCCGGCAGCAAUCUGCAAGUUUUCUCUGGAGCCGACAGCUGGACUUCCAUACCCCCCACGCCGCACGCCAGCAUCCUGUCCGUGCCCCACACCAGCGGCCCCAUGAACCCAGGGCCCAGCCCCUACCCGUGCCUGUGGACCAUCAGCAACGGCGGCGGGGGCCCCGCCGGGUCGGGCCCGGAGGUGCACGCCGGGUCGCCGGGAGCAUUUCUUCUGGGCAGCCCCGCGGUGACCGCGCCCCUCUCCACCCAGGCACCCGCCUCGGCGGGUGUGGAGGUCCUGGGGGAGCCCUCGCUGACCAGCAUCGCCGUGUCCACCUGGACCGCAGUGGCCUCGCACCCACUCUCGGGCUGGGGUGGCACGGGCGGGGGCGGGCGCCAUUCUCCCUCCUCACUGGACAGCUAGGCGGGGUCUGAGGGCGGGGCCUGCAGAGGACCUUCUAGCAUUGGGCACUUAGAAACCCCGCCCACCGAUUCCAUUGAGUGGCACUUAGAAGCCCCGCCCACCCAUUCCAGUGGGCGAGGCCGCAGGCCCUCCCCCUCCCCAGCGAGCUGCAGGGCGGGGUGGGCUCUCCCGGCAGCCGACUAGCAGAUGGUUCAGCGUGGAUGAUGCCAAUUAUGUCCUUGGGUGUCUCUGCCCCGUUCUCCCGCGUUCUCAUUCCCUCCGCGGCGUGUCCGCGCUGUGCUUCGGCAGUGGCGGGACGACGAGCACCUUCCUCGUGCCUCGCCCUUCCUCCCAGAUGGGCCUGGAAGGCCACGCUCCUCUUCGGUGACAGGGUGCCAAGCUGCUGAGCGGGCUCCAGGUCGGCCCACCCAAGGCCACACCACUUGGCAGCUUCGCGCGGCCCUGGAAGGGGUGUGGCGCUACGGGCUCCUACCCUGAGCAAAGAGGGGCCGAGGCCGUGACUCAGAGUGAAGUUUGCAGAGACAGCGCGAACCGUGGCGUCCAGCAGGGGGCGCGGGGCUGAGGCCUCGAGACCCAGUGGCCCCCUUGCUCCGGAACCUCCGGCGGCUCGUGGGCGGCUGCUGGGUGGAGCCACACCCCUCACCCCCAGGAGCUCCUCUACCAUCCCCACCCCCCCGCAGCUUCCCCGCUGGGGCUCCCCGUGUCUCGGCAGCACCCUGUAUUUCGGUCGAGGGAGACGUGUGUGUUGUGUUCGAUGGGCUUUCACGCCGCUGUACCUUCUCCUGUGCCUGGGCCGCCCUCUGCCCGGCCCCACUGUGCGGAUGCCACUGCCACCCCUCUCCCGGGUCAGCGCCGCUGUGGAUGCCCCUCCCCCCACUAGCCAGGCACACUUGGGCUCUCCCUGCGCCCCCCGCUGCCUUGCCUGUGUCAGGGAGAGCGCCCCAUCCUGCCUGAGCUCUUCUUGCCUGCGGGUGUGCCCCUCCCCACAGACCGCAAGCCCCUCGGGGCGAGGCCUCACCCUG